UUUAGUUAAUAGCUAACGUAAGCUAACAGUUUACUGACAAAUUAGGGUGAUACUUCUUGUCUAAUGAGUUUCUCGCAAAUCAGCAGUCGUCGUUUUAUGUUUUGUUACCCUCAUUAUCACUUCUACUAAUUAAUAAAUUAGUUUGGUACUAUACCUGUGCCGUUGCGAGGGACUAAAAUGUUUCCCAGCAGCACAGAGGCUGUAAUGGACACCUCGGAUGGUGGACAAAUAUGGGGACGGUCCCCAACGGACAGAAGCCGACCAUAUGAAACUACAUCGGACGGUGCCGCGUAUUUUCCCCCAGCUUCAUUCCACCAAAGUUUCGAUAAAGGCAGUUCGAGCUCCAGCCAUGACACGUUCCUCCCCCGAGGCUCCACAGAUGAGUUCGAUCCAAGCUUCCGGUUAGGCAGGACGAAUGCAUCCCUCUUUGCAUCUACCUCGGACAGCCCGUCCCUCCGCGGCCCUGGAGGAACGCCGAAGCUCAGGAGGACACCGGGGUUCGCUGGGGCCUCUGGGGGCACACACCCAGCACGCACACCGUUGACCGAUCACACCGCGACAAGUUGCUCCUCAGCGACCGCCUCGUCUGGGGCCUCUGUGCUUGUGGCUGUGGUUGAAGGGCGUGGAUUGGCCAGGGGAGAGAUUGGCAUGGCCUGUCUCAAUUUGAAAUGUCCAGAGCUUAUACUCUCUCAGUUUUCAGACACUGGGACGUAUGCCAAGGUGAUAACCAAGAUUCACAUCCUGGUACCACUCGAGAUACUUAUGCCAGACACAGCCAGUGAGAAGGGGAAAAGGACGAAGCUGUUCAGCCUCAUCACAGAGAACUUCCCGGUACCAAUGCAGAAAAUGAGUCAUGAACAAAACACACGAUUGAUCAAUACUGUGUAUUGUGCACCCCGCCAUAUGAUUGAUGCGUUUUUGUUACAGGUGAAUGUGCAGCAAUAUUUGCAUUUUGUUCUGCUUUUUUUUUGUCAGGGUGUAUCUUUCACUGCUAUCCAGAGGAAGUAUUUUAAUGAGAAGAAAGGACUGGAGUACAUUCAGCAGCUGUGUGCUCCAGAAUAUGUAACCGUCCUCAUGGAAGUGCAGGCUAAGUAUUACUGCCUAGCAGCAGCUGCUGCUUUGCUGAAGUAUUUAGAAUUCAUUCAGAACUCCGUCUACGCCGGCAAGUCUCUCAAAGUGAGCUUUAGAGGGAGUGAACAGACUGCAAUGAUCGACUCCACAUCUGCCGCUAACUUGGAGUUGGUCGUCAAUAACCGAGACCACAGGAGCGGGCACACUCUUUUAGGGGUGCUUAACCACACUAAAACGCCCGGCGGUGCGAGAAGGUUGCGCUCCAAUAUUCUGGAGCCUCUCGUUGAUGUGGACACCAUCAACAUACGCUUGGACACCAUACAAGAGCUGCUGCGCGAUAACGAGCUCUUCUUUGACCUCAAAAACGCCAUUGCUCGUUUCCUUGACAUCGACCAGCUGCUGUCUGUUCUUGUCCAAAUCCCGAAGCAGGAAACCGCUCAGGUUGCUGAAGCAAAAAUUACACACAUCAUUCAACUGAAACACACAUUGGACCUGGUGCCACGGUUAAGGAUGGCGUUGAAGAAUGGAAAUACCGCUCUGCUCAAAGCAUACGGCGCCUCGCUGGAAGACAACAGGUUCGACAUGAUCCUCGAACAGAUCAAGACGGUGAUUAAUGAGGACACUACCUACCUGAAGGGGAGCCUGAACUUACGCACCCAGAAGUGUUACGCUGUCCGCCCCAACAUCAACGAGUUCCUCGAUAUUGCACGCAGAGCUUACACUGAGAUAGUGGACGACAUCGCAGGGCUGGUGAGCCAGAUGAAGGAGAAAUAUAGUUUGCCUAUGCGUACCAGUUACAGCACAGCUCGAGGUUUCUUCAUUCAAAUGAAGCUUGAAGGAGGGGUCUUACCUGAAGGGAAACUCCCCUCAGAGUUCAUCAAGGUGACGAAGCACAAGAACAACUAUGGCUUCACCCACCCAGACCUGAUCAAGAUGAAUGAACGCUGCGAUGAGGCCCUGAGGGAGAUCUUUCACAUGUCCUAUGUGGUGAUAUGUCAACUGCUUAGCACCAUCCACGAGCACAUCCACUGCCUUUACAAACUCUCGGAUGCCGUGUCCAUGCUGGACAUGCUGCUGUCUCUGGCCAACGCGUGCAUCGUCUCAGACUACGUGCGCCCCGAGUUCACAGACACACUGGCCAUCAAGCAGGGUCGUCACCCCAUCCUGGAGCAGAUGGUCGGACAGCAGCCCGUCUCGAACAACAGUUUCAUCUCCGAGGGCAGCAACUUCGUCAUCAUCACUGGACCCAACAUGAGCGGCAAGUCCACCUACCUCAAACAGGUGGCGCUGUGUCAGGUCAUGGCUCAGAUAGGCUCUUUCGUCCCCGCUGAGUAUGCCUCUUUCCGUGUUGCCGAUCAGAUUUUCACCAGGAUCGGUGUGGAUGAUGAUUUUGAAACAAAUUCUUCCACCUUCAUGUUGGAAAUGAAGGAAAUCUCUUACAUAAUCCACAACGUAAGCGACAGGUCCUUGAUCAUCAUAGACGAGUUGGGCCGGGGCACCAGCGCCGAGGAGGGCAUCGGCAUUUGCUACUCAGUUUGUGAGUUCCUUCUUAGUCUCAAGGCGUUCACCUUGUUUGCCACACACUUUCUUGAGGUGUGCCAGCUGGAGUCUCUUUAUCCCAACGCGGAGAACCAGCACAUGGAGGUGCAGCACACGCGCAAUGGGGACACCGGUGGAGAGAGUGUGGUGUAUACGUACUUGCUGAAUCAAGGAUGCUCUGAAGAAAGACACUAUGGUCUGAGAGCAGCAGAAAUGACGGCACUUCCCCCAAACAUAAUCCAAGAGGCCAAGGUGAUUGCCUCCAAAGUCAACCAGCUGCUUCUGGCCAAACAUCACAGUGAUCCGGGAGAAAAGAGGGAGAGAGCCGUGUACAAGCUGGCCACCCGCCUCCUGCAGACGGCCAGGAACUCCAGACUGGAUUGUGACAGCCUGCGUAUGUAUCUGAAGGGCUUAAAGAAGCAGUACGAGGCCGAGCUGCUGGCAGCAGGGCAACCGGCCUCCAUUGACACAGAAGAGGAAUGACUGGUUCAGCCUGAGGCGGACUUACGGAAAUCAGUUGAAGUAUCAUUACUAAGCAUAUUGUGUUUGGAUUGACAUAUUUGAUGUUGAAAGAGAUUUCUUUGAAUUUCAGUGUUUCCUUUUGGAUGGUCUGUUAUGAAGACUGUUAUAACACAUGUUCAUUUGGAAGAUGUUAUUUAAAGUAUGGCGUUGUAUCCUUAUGGCACAGACAAUAAAAAUAGACUAGAUAUAGUUGAAGUCAACAUAAUAUGCGCUCGUGCUAUCUCGUCGGGGUCAUGCAAUGACCGCUCCCCUCUUGAUUUUGCCUAAAACGAGACUUGUUCUCCCAGGCUGUCUGGAAAAGGCGGGGCUAUCUUUUGUUUCCAACCCGCGCGCAAAUACGGCUCAUGGCGGUGUACCCGCAGUCACAAAACAAGCGUCCCUCCCAGCAGCCUGACUAUG